GUAACUUUUAUACAUAUUUAAAAUUCCCGGAAAAAAAAAAAAUAAAACUACCAUCAUCAAGAACAGUAAGAAAAAGAAAGAGAAAAGAAAAAAAACAAAUCCGAAUCUCAAAAUCACUCCCAAUACAUUCCCCACCUACUCAAUCAUCAUCCAUAAAACAAAUCACCCCCAAUCCCAAAUUCAGGUCCCUUCCCGAAUACUCCACCGCCACCGCCACCGCCACCGCCACCGCCACCGCCACCGCCACCGCCACCAUGGACAACUCGGAGGCGCCGUCCUCCUCCUCCUCCACCUCCGCCGGCAUCAAUCCUAAAACCCCAUUGCGGAAUUCCUUUUCCGGGGUCAAUUCCUAUCACCCUUCCCCGUCCAGGACAAUUUACAGUGAUCGGUUUAUACCCUGUCGAUCUUCUUCCAAUUUCGCCCUAUUUAACCUCCCUCCGCCGUCGCCGUCAUCCACCGCCGACGACUCCACCAAUGCCUACACUGCCCUACUACGUUCGGCUCUUUUUGGCCCGGAUGCGGCUGGGGUGGCCCCGCCCCCCACCCCCGAUAAAUUAUUCGGAAGUAGUGAUAAGGGUUCUCAGAUUAGUUCUCCUAAUUGUAAUAUUUUUAAGUAUAAGACUGAGACUCGGAAAUCUUUGCACUCUUUGUUUCCUUCUGGGUUCGAUGAUCAGCUCCCUGGUGUCUCCCAUAGUCCGGUUAAGACUCCCAGAAAGGUCCCUAGGUCGCCUUAUAAGGUUUUGGAUGCCCCAGCAUUGCAAGAUGACUUUUAUCUGAAUCUUGUGGAUUGGUCCUCGCAUAAUGUGUUGGCUGUUGGAUUAGGGAACUGUGUUUAUCUGUGGCAUGCAUCCAGCAGUAAGGUAGUUAAAUUAUGUGACUUGGGAAUUGAUGAUAGUGUGUGUUCCGUCGGUUGGGCGCAGCGCGGUACACAUCUUGCUAUUGGAACUAGCAACGGGAAGCUCCAGAUAUGGGAUGCCUCGCGUUGUAAGAGAGUGAGAACAAUGGAGGGACAUCGUCUAAGAGUUGGUGCCUUAGCAUGGAGUACAUCUCUAUUGUCUUCUGGAAGCCGUGACAAAAGUAUUCUUCAACGUGACAUACGAACGCAAGAAGAUUUCGUCAGUAAGCUGAGUGGCCAUAAGUCAGAGGUUUGUGGACUUAAGUGGUCGUAUGAUAAUCGAGAAUUAGCUUCGGGUGGAAAUGAUAAUAGGCUUUUUGUUUGGAACCAGCACUCAACACAACCUGUUUUGAAAUACUGCGAGCACACUGCUGCUGUUAAAGCAAUUGCGUGGUCUCCCCAUAUGCAUGGACUCCUUGCUUCUGGUGGUGGUACUGCAGACAGGUGUAUUCGUUUCUGGAAUACAACCACUAACACCAACCUAAGCUGCAUGGAUACUGGCAGUCAGGUCUGCAAUCUUGUGUGGUCGAAGAAUGUCAACGAACUUGUGAGUACUCAUGGUUACUCGCAGAACCAAAUCAUUGUGUGGAGAUAUCCUACUAUGUCUAAGUUGGCUACUCUCACGGGGCAUACCUACAGGGUCCUAUACCUUGCCAUCUCACCGGAUGGACAGACAAUUGUUACUGGCGCUGGCGAUGAAACACUUAGGUUCUGGAACGUUUUCCCUUCUCCUAAGUCGCAGAACACGGAAAGUGAAAUCGGAGCAUCAUCUUUGGGAAGAACUCAGAUUCGGUGACUUGCAAGUGAUUUUAUGAUACUGACUCCUGGACAAUUAUUCAUUGUCAAAUUGCUGCAAAGUCGAUGUUACCCCUUCCAUUUCCGAUUAAAGAAGGGUGGCUGGAGUAGUUGCAUCGUAUAUUUAUAAUUUGGAACUAGCGUUGAGACUCCCUACACGCCACCACUGCCUGGAUAAAGCAGGACGGAGCUUCUGGUGAUGCAGCAGUUUGAUUAAUUUACAUUAUUAAUCCCAAAGUGUAUAGUGGGGAGAUGUUAUUUUAUGCUCAUUAACACGCUCCUUUGCCUUGUGAGGAGAGAGAGAGAGAGAGAGAGAGAGAGAUUGUGUACCGGAAAUCAAAUAUAGCAUGAGACUCUAUGCUGUUCUUGUAAAUAAAUAUUUAUAUUUAUUCCUCCUUCCUCUGAUUUAUAACUUAUUGUCAUUUGUCUCCA